AUGGACGACCAAGAGGCGCCGGCUGGUCCUCAGGCGCCGCCCGGCCCUCCGGCCCCGGCCCCAAGCCGCCCCCCAGCCCCGAGCCGCCCUCCAGCCCCACCAGUGCCCAAGCGGCCUACGCGGGUGCUGAGCGAGCCUCCCGCUUCUCCCGCCAAGCGGGGUCGGCGAACGAUAGACGAAUCAUCCGACGAGGACCAAGGCGCAGCAACUCCUGCCCCACCCAAGCGACGCAAGGAGAAUUCAGACUUGCUUCUGCACAUGACGGUGAGGCACACAAUGAUGAGCAACCGGGGACGAGCACACGCAUACAGCCCAAGUAGCGCCGAAGAAGAUGAGCCCAUGCCUCGUUCUCAGCCUGACGAUGAUGGGCGCAAAAGUUUGCAAAUCCAAGGCCCACAGGGUACCGAGACGCGUUUGCUGGACGACAAUGGCUGGGAGGAGGCCCCUCGUCAUGACCCUCCCCUCGAGGGCCUUGUUCUAGACUCGGCACUGGUCGACUACUACCAUUCGGACAUUCCAAAGUAUAUUAUCCCGCCUUGCAAUGUCCACAGGCCACCCACCACCACCACCAAGGCCCCAAAGACUGUCGCCAACAAAGACAAAGCCAAGCCCAAGGACAAAAUCGUGGUCCUACGCGAGGUCAAGGACAACUUCCUCAGGCACCAAAACAACGUGAACCCGGCCUGGCAGAAAGCCCUUGUCCUCUACCCGGACAACCUUCUCGAAAAUGAAACCCUACAGAAGAAGCUCGCUCAGUACCCACUCAUCGGCAAUUUUCCAGACAAGUCGAAAGUUGACGCCACCUUUGUCGAGCUACGUAGCCAGAACAAAGCUCUCGCUGUCGAGAUGCGGCAUCGGCGUGACUAUGUCAAGAGCAACGAAAACACCAUGGACUUUUACGACAAGCCGCCCCAUCUCCGAGCCACAUACUAUCCAAUCUACUCCUUUGAACAUGGGACGGGACAAGACAUGUUUGAGCCGGCGGCUAGUCUGGCUGUCGGGGGCGAUGGUGAGCAGACCAAAUCGCAAAAGAACAAGAAGAAAGCGGAAUACAGCAGGCGCGACCAACAAGCCUGGCGCACCCAUAAAGAACGACUCCAAGAUCGGAGCGCUGCCGCUGGGAGUGUUUACGACGAGUUUGAUCACUUGACCGACGACGACUUUGAGGAGUACAUUGACAAGUCGAUUACACCUAUGGGUGGCGUAUUUGAUCGCGAUCGGUCACCAUGGUUUGGUCGUCACCUCCUACAAAUGUUUUACCCCCUCGUGGAGCUGGCCCGUCAAGAAGUACUGCGAAUUGCGGACGGAGACGACCAUUCGGUGCAGUCGAUGCCUUUCCACCGUCGCGAGCAGCUCAAAACUCUUCCAAACUGGUUUGACAACGAAUCCUUCUUGCUCACUUUUGGUCAUCGAGUGUUUGGCAGCUCUGCUGUACGAGAAUACACGAGCAAGGAUGGGUUUUGGUGCUCUGAGUGGUCGACAGGCCACGACGAGGGUGAUUUGGACUAUGGUGACUGGCACGCCUUCCAAUUCCGCUACGGACCGGAUUAUGCCGAGCGCCGCCAGAAGAUGCGGGAGCGAUACCCAAAAAUGAUUCGAUCUUCUUGCCGGGUCAUGGUUCAAAUGGUUCAUGAAGAGCACAAGAAACUGUUUGACAAGGUGCGCAACCAUGACCUAAAAGUCCGCAGUCACAUGGAGACUUUGUGGCGUCUGGUCGGUACAGGCCCCCAUGCCAUGGAACCUCUCUCGGAUGAGGAAGCCUCAGCGUGUCACCUCAACGCCAGUAACGACAUUCGCGAAUACGCUCGCCUCGGUGCCCAGCCCCCGGCAUUCCUUCGUACUCUUGUCUCAAAGUUGGCCGAUCAGCUCCUGGUUCGUCAGCCUGCUUCGCAAUCGUCGACUUCGGGCUCCCAUAACGCCGCUUCCCAGUCGAAUCAAGGGGCCGGAUCCUCACAGCGGCAGUCACAAUCCCAAUCCCAAGCAGAGGGCGAUCAAGCUAACCCUUAUCGAACAUUGUUGGCCCCCAAGGACAAGUUUGCAAGAGAGGCGGUGACUGCAAUUCUGGAAUCGCAAGACUUUGUUGCUCUUCAGCCUUUUGAGGAAGGCUGGCGGUGCACCCCGGCUUUCCACGCAGGGCCGAUUAAUCUCGAGACCAGUAUCUUGAGGCGGAUGGUGCUUGGCAAGGAAACGACCUGGCGGAAGGCUGGUUCCGAUAAAGACGUGGUCGACAAUUCGGACGGCCACCUCGGUGUUGGGCCCUUCCGCUGGGCUACCAACUACCAAAUGUUCAUAUAUCUGGGCCUGAUCAAUUGGUUCACUGUCGAGUACCGUGAAAACCUUGCCAUCAUUGCCAUGAGCCUUGAAGAAGGCGGCCAACUAUGGGGGUGA